CGAGGGAGUCGCGCUGCACAAGACUAUAUAACCGAACGGUUAUUCGUCCCUUCGGCAAACAGUCAGUUGCGCGCUGGCCCACGUGUUGGAUCGCUACGCGAGUAGUCUGUGACAGUCCAUUACUACGUCCCGUAUACAUUUCUAUACACCGAUCAUUUCAUUCGCCUCUCUUUGGACUUGUUAUCCACCCGAUCUCUGCGCUGCAGAUAGUACAUUCUCUUUGUUUUGUCACAAUCACAAUUUAGCUAUUCUUGUUUGUGUGUUUGUAUGUGUUUCACUCGUUAAAACAAAGUGACAUUGGCAGAGCAUCGAACUCAACCAGCUCGUGUUAGCAAGACUUUUGUGUAUCCCUACGUACGUACGUAUACAUUACGAAAAAAUAAAAAGAAAAAAAGAAAAGAAAAGGACGUCGUUGGCGUGUGUGCGUGCAUCACACCAAUAGAACUGCUCUAAUAGCAGAACACAAUAAAGCGAAGCAGCAGUGGCAGCAACAGUAACUCAAAUAUCAUAAGGAGCAGAGCGGAACGCCCAAAGGCUUUUUGUCUGACAAAAGGCAGCAAGAAAUAGCCGGGAACAUUAUUCUCACAUUUAGAAGAAAGCAGACGAGGACUGGAUACAGGUAGCAGUUGUUGAUUUAGUGCGGGAGCCAUGCACCUGUGAACUGUGAUCGUCACACAACCAAUAUCAUGUCGCAGGAUCGCCGCGUUAUUUGCCAGCUGCUGCUGCUCGGACUGACAUGCUGGAUAGUGGGUGGCCGGCCAGAUGUUGGUGUUCACACACAAGUAUUAGGUGAAUGGCACACGACGUCGUGGGAGUCGUGCGAGCCGGAGAAAGUUUUCCAGCCAGUCAACGAUAGUUCCGGCCUUGUGAUAAAGCCGACGAUAGGUCUUCAACGACGAACGCUAACCUGCAUUUCUGCCAACGCUUCCGUCCUUCCGCCCAGUCGGUGUGGAGAUACGAGCAAGCCGAUGUCACAGCCGCAGCAACAACGUCGUUGUAUUGUUGCACAACCUUGCCGAGUGGCUGAUUGGUCUCAAUGGGAAAUACGGCAACAAGGCUGCCGCGGAGACGACGACCAGGUCGUGCCGGAAAUUCAAAUUCGUCAUCGAAGAAUUAUCGAGGCACCAAUAGUCCCGGUCACGAUACGCACUCUGGGCUCCAGCCGGUGGCUGCCAGACGAUGGGUGUCCUCCGUGGGAGGAGAAGCUUUUUAUCGAUCAACCCUCACAAUUGCCUCUUUGCAAUCAAAGGUACAAAUGGCAACCGUCGCCAUGGAGCACAUGUCGAGCCAAUUCUCCCAUCACAUCAACAGUCCGCGCGGAUGCGGGCCCGGACGGACCCUCCGCCGCUAGUGGCCCGUCGCUGUCAUCCCAGCUCUCUCAAAUCUGCGGCGGUGGCAUCCAAAUGCGCAGCCUGACGUGCCUCCGUUUAAGUGAUUCUCGACCCGUCAACUCCGCACUCUGCCGGGCACUCACUCUUUUGCCUACCAUUCAACACUGCGAGAUACCGUGCGAUUCGGAUUGCCAAGUCGGUGAAUGGUCGCCAUGGUCUCCAUGCAUGGCAGCCAGGUGCAUCAACAACGGCCACCAGCCUAGUCCACCUGUGCCGGCUGCAAUCAUCCGAGUAGCGAAAGGAAUAGCGGCUGAAAAUCGCUACAGAACAAACGACGAAGGACACUCGGAAUACAUUUCAGGAGGUGAGAAGAUGGAUGACAAUGUAGCGAGUGGAUACCAGUUUCGUCACCGACGUAUCCUGUCCAACGCCAGCGCGGACGGAACUGAGUGCCCGGCGCUGAGCCAGCUCCGUCGCUGUCACACCGAAUGGGGUGACGCCUGUUCCCGCUGGGAAGUUCAGCCGCUCCUGGACACCUGCCAUCUGGCCAGCAACGCCACCUGCGGACUCGGCUACCAUGAACUCGUGUUUCGCUGUCGUCGAUAUGAUGGGGUGACGGUGGAUGACGACGAGUGUUCUAACAAUACGCUGGCGCCAUUGGAACAAGUCGCAUGUACGGUCCAAUGCUCAUCCGACUGUGUCCUGUCGCCAUGGUCCGAAUGGACGCCCUGCAUUCAUCAAGGACGACGACGGAGAACGCGCUACGUGGUCGGCCUUCCGCAGCCGGACAGCCAGCCUUGCACAAAUCAGCUGAUGGAGGAGCAACUAUGCUCGGUCGAGCAGCAAAUGGAACAAGUUCGUUGGCCCAUUUUCGGAUGGUGGCCUCUGCCGUGGGGUCCAUGUCAAAUGAUUGACGGAAGCGCGUCAUCCUGCGGAGCGGGCACACACACGCGCGAAGUACGAUGCACCCGAGAUGACGGCCAGCAUGUCGAUGACUCUCAUUGCGCGCUGCUGAGUCGUCCUGAAAGCGUCCGCAUUUGUAGCGUCAGUUGCCCGGAAGAAUGCCGCUUGUCGGAUUGGUCGGAAUGGUCCCAAUGUUCCGAUCAAUCGAAAGAUGAUGCCAUCCAGUCGCGGAUUCGUGUAGUUCUGCAACAGCCUGCCAGCGCUGCAUCUUCUAGUUUGUCGCCGUCGUUUACUUGUCCGCCGCUGAUGGAAAAGCGCUCCUGUUUCGAUUGGCUUGUCCAGCAGGAGCGCAUCGGCUGGCAAGUGUCUGCCUGGUCUCCCUGUCAUCUACCGACCAACGCCAAAUGCGGGACUGGAAUUUCAAUUCGAAGUGUGUACUGCCAUGACGGUAACAAUGCAACCAUGGAUCCGUCUGUCUGUCUAGCCAGAUUAAUGGAUGAAUAUCGCCAGUUGGAGACCUACCGCGAAUGCCACGUUGCCUGUCAACGGGAUGCUAAUUCGACAGCGUCGUCAGCCUGCCAACAUGAGCAUGUGAUGGAGACGAGAUCUCUUUGUCCGCGUAAUUGCAUCGGAACGCGCAGCAUUUCUGGGGGCAAGAAAAUCGACUGCGACGAAGAUGGGCAUGGCAACGGCAUAGAAAAAACAUCAAUAGAAGAUUGCCCCUGCGAGAGAGUCACCCUGGAGCUGGAAGACUGGUCUGCCUGUUUGAUGGAGGAGGAUCACGCGCGCAGUUGCGGUCGUGGCAAACAGUUUCGUCGUCGGAAGUGUAUCGUCACAGCCACCGGCCAAUUAGCGCCGCUCCACUGGUGCAAUGAAGAAGAUUUUGAAACGAGGAGCUGUGAUGUUGCUUGCCCUAUCGACUGCCAACUUUCUUCUUGGAGUUCUUGGACCAACUGCAACUCCACUUGCGGGCCGGGCUCCCAGCAGCGCCACAGGAAGAUUGAAAUGGAACCAGCCAAUGGCGGAAGACCUUGCGGAUCGACGGAAGAGAUUCAAGCGUGCAACGUCCACUCGUGUGACACUUACCAAUGGCGAACCUCUGACUGGACACCGUGUCACUUGGCCUUUGACAGACGAUGCGGCGAUGGUCUCCAAACGCGCUACGUCAGGUGUAUACACGUACCCGAAGACAUGGUGGUGGAAGAUGCAAUUUGCGACAAGGCAAAGAAACCUAGAGCCGAGCAACCAUGUCAGAUCGCUUGUCCAGGCCACUGCGUCAUUAGCUCCUGGUCGGCUUGGUCACCAUGUCAACACUGUCACGGAGAGAGGAGGCGUGAACGUUCAAUCAUCAGAAAUCCCGUUUACAACCACACUUGUCUGCCGUUGGAGGAAAUCGAAUACUGUUCCAACCCGGCCAGUGGCGGUUGUUUCACAUACGACUGGCAGGUGUCCGAAUGGAGUUCGUGCCAGCCGCUGGGCGGCUCAAACUGCGGUGAAGGUGUCCGAACUCGGAUCGCCUCCUGCGUUCGAAACGACGGAUACGUUACUGACUCUAGCAAUUGCGAUUCUCAUACAAGGCCGGGUUUGACCGAGAUGUGGUGUCACGUCGAAUGUCCGAUCGAUUGCCAAGUAUCUCAGUGGUCGGCCUGGGAUGAUUCCGAAUGCGCUCCAUGCGGUCACCAUUCAGGACUGCGCUCACGUCACCGUGAGAUUCAAAUGAUUAACAAUCAGUUUGGUCGCAGUUGUCCGACCAGCCUUCGCCAACAGCUCCCUUGUCCUUACCAGCCUUGCUACGAAUGGCGACCAUCCAACUGGUCUGGAUGUUAUCUACAGGGGGCUCACUGUGGCAUGGGAGCCCGACACCAGUUGUUCGAAUGCAUCUUAGCCGAAACCGGGAAACGAGUCGAUCCUGAAUUUUGCCGUCUCAGCAGGCGCCCACCUCCCGCCCACAUGACCGAAUGUAAAGUUCUCUGCACAUUUGAGAAACUGGUCAAGGCGUCCGCUGAAAACAGUGUAACCAAAGACAGCGUGAGCAGCAUCUUUCCCUCAUCGAUUGACGAUGAUAUUAGCGUCCUCUACUAUCCAAAUGACGGUGAAUUCAACAUUUGGAUGGUUGCCAUGAUUGCAAUUGGGUCCUUGUUUCUCGUCUUCGUUGGUGUCACCAUUUUUCUCAUUUGUUCUUCACGAGAGGAAUCCAACAGCUGCAAGCGCAAUAUGUCCGUGGCAGGAGCACCAAGUGAAUUUCGCACCCGAGUUCAUCGCGUUAGCAAUGGCUCACAUUAAACAAUUUAAUGAUUCGUCAUCUGUUUUAGGCAUUUAAUGUUAUAUAUUGUUUUCUUCUUGUGGAGAGAGCGGUAUCAAUUGGAAAAAGUAUUACUGGAAAAAGUAUCACCGGUACUUGGGCAUUGGUGACAUCGAGAGAGAAAACGGAAUAAGAGCCGGAUGAUAUUUUGAUAAGAUGAACUGAAACUUUGUUUAAUCUAACCUUUCUAUUGUACAUAUAUUUAUCUAAGAAGGGAACAGGAAUCGAAAAGAUAUCCACCAGCCUACAAAUGAAAAAAAAAAAAAGAAAAAAAUGAAAAACGAGGCAAUUACAAAUAUGGAAGAACGGAAAACAAUUUUUGUUUGAAUCAUAAUUAUUACCGAAUCCAUAACGUAUUUUACCCAUUAUGAUUGUUUGUUGGAUGUCGAACGUCCUCUAUCUUGUCUGCUCACAUCGUCUAUGGCUCGUGUUAAAACCCCCUGAACCCUCUUUUUUUUAUGUAAUACAUUCACUUUCUUUCUCUC